UUUUGUUUGUUUGUUUGUUCUUGCUUUUUUUGCGAGAUUAUGGCAUUUGCCGAAUCUUUUUGUGGUAUUGCGGUGUUUAGUCCUCCUCGGUGAACGUCCGAACACAAAGUUCUAGAAUAAAAUGUUUUCAAGGAAAUUUAAGAACCGAAUGUUCCACGCAUGUAAGUUAACCUUGGCAUGUCAAAACUUAAUUUUCUCAAUAGCAUAUUUCCUAAAACUUUGGCUCCAUCGUGACCUUUUAUGGGCCGCCCCGCACAUGAGCGGCCGCGUGAGUUAACAUGGAAAAUUUAGUGAAUUUGGAACAUUUUUUGAUCGUUGAGUUUGUUGAGUUAAUUCAUCAUUAAGUAGUCAUAGAACCAACUUACAACAACAGUAAACACGUAGCUACAUUAAUUAAACAGAACAUAUGUUGCAACUCGAAGAAAUGUAUUCAUUCGUCUCAUAGAUACGAACGUCAUCUUUUGGUUCAGCAAAAAAACCCUGAACAGCUAUUAAUGGUAUAAAAAUGCUUUCUCUCCUUGUAUGAGUCGGCGCAGAUGGAUCAUCUCUUCAGAUUGAAGAAAUUUUCAUGCCAAAUUUUUAUCUUAUUUCGUUAAAUUAUGCUGAUCCCUCUAAACUGUAAAUGCAUGAACAGAGCAUUUCAGUAAACCCCCUUGAAAAAAACUCAUUUACUGACCCAAUAACUACCGGUAUAAGAUUUCGCUUAUACAUGGAUGAAUGGCGCGUUCCAAAUAAAAUUUUAUUUUCAUGAAAAAAUAACGGAUUGCAGUUAAUAUUGCUUCUAGCGGAACAUCACGAAAAUAUCUGAAACAUUCCAGAAUGGAAAAUGUUUAAUAAGUGACUGAAGAUUUUUAGGAAUACCUCUUAGCACAAUUCAGAGACACAAGCUUUAUCUCAAAGAGGCAGAUAUGGCCGAAAAGUCUUUCAAUCCGGUGGUCUUUUAAACGAGCUCAAUCACCGUAUUUUCGUGAAACCUUUAAAUUGUAGUUUACUGCGAGAGAAAACACCAAAGAGGGAAUUAAUCAUGAAGCAACAGAGAUGGUAAAGAUGGAGAAGAUUGACACGAUUGCAAACGACGAACUUGAAAUAUUUCGGCUAAACUUUUCAAGAUACGCAAAGCGUGACAUAGCUCCUUUAAAACCCUCCAACUUGCCAUUACUAGAUGUUUUUGGGUCGGUAGUCCUGAGUUCAAAUCGAGCUUCGACGCUUGUAACUGGGACUGAAGUUUUGGCGUAUAACAAGGCAAAUUUGGACUAAUUAUAAAUAUUUGUUCCAUAUAUAAGGGAGUCAAACAAGCCCGAUUCCCUCUCACCUUGGUUCUGCAAACAGAUUAUGUUCUUUAUUCCUUAUCAAAAUUGUUAUUUUGCAGAAAAUCAUAGUCAACUAAAGAGAAUGCUCAGAUGAUCUUGCAGACACCUUGUGUGGCAAAAAUGAUUCACCAAAUGAGUCUCGUGAUCACUCUACUGAUCAUGGUGUCUGUAAUGUUCAACAACAUUUCCAGUCAGCAAUGCGGGAUUGACACCUAUUCAGUCUUCCAAAUGAUGCUUCGGGGCCACACCUUUAAGACGCUUAAAGCUCGGCCACUUUCGCUCGACUGCAGAGAGGCAUGCCUCUCUGAUGUCAGAUGUCAAAGCUAUAACUACGUCAUGUUCAAAGACAUAUGUGAGUUGAACAACAGGACCAAGGAGGCUAGACCAGAAGACUUUGUCAAGAACAGCGACAGAUAUUACAUAACCAGGGCUCCAAAACGUGUUUCCCUUGGUUCCAUUCCGGAGCUUCCUGCAGAUUCCUGUAAAGAGAUCAAGGCGAGUGAGGGAAAAGCAGUUGUAAGCGGUAAUUACUGGUUGGACCUCGAGAAGAACGGAAAUCCUUUAAACCUUUACUGUGACAUGACAACCGAGGGUGUCUUACCUUUAGGCUGGUAUUCCUAUCGUCCGAGUGGCUCUUGUAAGCGCAUCCGGGACUCUGGGUACUCCAAAGGAGACGGGAAGUACUGGAUCGACCCCGAGAAGAACGGAAACCCUUUAAAAGUCUCCUGUGACAUGACAACUGACGGUGGAGGCUGGCUUCUUGUCUCUAACGUUGUGAUUGACGGCUCAUCUCCCUUCCCGUUGUCACUUGAGACAUCAUACCACGGAAUAAGCAGCUGUGAUAACAAUAAGACGUUUCUUACAGACAGCGCAAUGCUCGAACUGAGAACACACCUGUCUUUCAGUCAACUGCGAUUCCACUGCAGUAAGCAAGGGGGACGUACGUUCCACGUGGCCACGGUCACUAACAGCUCUGGGGAAGCUGUGGUCCAGUACUUUAGCAAUCAGUCAGAUGCCCAGCCCUACGCCUGUGGCUCGUUUGUAACGAUGGAUGAUGACGACUCGGAGAUGGCCAAACGUUGUCAUGAUUUUUAG